AUGGCCAAUACAAUCAUGACGCGAUUCUUGGUGUUAUCAGACACGCACGGAGCAGACGCAGAAAGGCUCAAAAUCCCAACCCUGCCUGAAGUUGACGUCGCCAUCCACUGCGGCGACCUGACCCACGAUUCAGGCCUAGAGGAAUACCACACGGCCAUACGUCUAUUACAUUCGAUCAGAGCAUCGUUGAAGCUUGUCAUAGCCGGUAACCACGACUGGACCCUCGACCCAGUAGCAUAUCAGAGAGGAUAUCAAAAAGCAUGUCAGAAAAGAUGCAACCAAGCUAUCUCCCCUGACAAUGCCGCAGCGACCUUCACGCAGGACCAUGGCGAACCUGGCGAUGCGAAAGCCCUCUUCGACACCCAAGAGGCCAAAGCAGCUGGCAUCGUCUUCCUCGACGAAGGCACACAUACCUUCAGCCUUCAGAAUGGUGCUGCUUUGAGUGUCUAUGCGAGCCCAUUUACAACCUCAACGGACCCAAAAUGGGGCUUCCAAUACAACGACAAGCACGAAUGGACUAUUCGAAGUAAUGUAGACAUUGCCAUAACCCACGGUCCUCCAGCCGGAAUUAUGGACCGCGCCAACCCGUUGAAUCACGCGGGGUGCCCGGACCUGUUCGCUGCUGUGGCGAGGGCGAAGCCGUUGAUGCAUUGUUUUGGAUAUGUGCAUCGGAGCUGGGGAGCGGAGAAGGUUGUUUGGAGGAAUGCGGUUCUCGAUCGAUGGAGGAAGCCGUCGUAUGAGAGGGCUAUUGAGCAUAAAAGGACAGUCGUACUGGCGACCCUGGAGAAAGAGAAGGUGGAGCAGUAUGAUGAAACGAGCUUCUGCAUGGCACAAGAGCCGAUUAAGAGGGGAAAGGAGACUUUGUUUGUCAAUGCCGCGAAUGAAGGCGCACGACGAGGGAGAUAG